GUGUGUGUGUGUAUCGGAUUUACAGGAAUCAGCUGAUCCGAGUGUUUUGGUACUUUACAGUUGUUUACCCGUCUGCCGGGUUAUGAGGGGUCUGUGGUCGGCCUGAAGAUGGGUGAUCUCUCCGUUAAUAGCUCCAUCUUCAGCAGCAGGAAUGGAUCUGACCCCCCCUCCGUCCCACCCAGCAUGUCAAUCGACAAGCUCCUUCCAGCCCUGCUCGAGUGUUUUGGGAUCAUUCUCUGCGGAUACGUCGCGGGCCGUACAAACAUCAUCCCAGCGACACAUGCUAAAGGACUGGGCAGCUUUGUGUCCAAGUUUGCGCUUCCAGCUCUGCUUUUCAAAAACAUGGUGCUGCUGGACUUUGGCGAUGUAAUCUGGCCUUUUUUCUUUAGUAUUUUGGUGGCUAAAGUGACUGUGUUCUUCUUUGUGUGUGUCCUCACACUUUUGGUGGCGGACAGAGAGAGCCGUUUCUCCAAAGCUGGCCUCUUCUCCAUAUUUGCCACACAGAGCAAUGACUUUGCUCUGGGGUUCCCUAUAGUUGAAGCUCUGUACCGCAACACUCAUCCGGAGUAUCUUCAGUACAUCUACCUGGUUGCUCCCGUCUCCCUCAUGGUCCUGAACCCGCUAGGCUUUGCGUUCUGUGAGGUGCAGAGGCGAAGGACUGGAGAACCUCAGCAGCAGAGUAAGCUGCAAGUGCUGGGUUUGGUGCUCCUUCAGGUGGUCAAGAACCCUGUUGUCUUUAUGGUGGUGAUCGGGGUCAUUUCUCACUUCCUGCUGGGCCAGAAGAUCCCGCCCUUCAUGGAGGAGUUUGUAGAUGGUCUGGCAAACUCAUUUGGAGGAGCAGCGCUGUUUUAUCUGGGUCUAACCAUGGUGGGUCAGCUGAAAAAGCUUACCCGCUCCACUGUGGUGGCACUUAUUCUCCUCAUCACAGCAAAACUACUGGUGAUGCCUCUGAUCUGUAGAGGGAUGGUUGAGGUUUUGGACUGUGGAAGCAGAAGCUCGAUGAACCACACCAGUCUGUCAAACUACGCUUUCCUGUAUGGAGUCUUCCCCACUGCACCUAGUGUGGCCAUAUAUGCAUCACAUUACAACAUGGAGCUGGAAGUGGUGACCUCAGGGAUGGUGAUCGGCACGUUUCUGUCUGCUCCCAUCAUGUAUGUGUCUGCCUGGCUGUUGACCAUCCCGUGGAUGGACUCGGAUCCACUAGCAUCAGCGCUGCAGCACGUCAGCUUCAACAUCAGCAUUAUCAGCCUCUUUGCAUUGGUGUGGAGUGUUGCAGUCAUGCUACUGAGCAGAAAGUUUCACAGAAUUCCUCACAUUUUCACCAUUAACCUCUUUGUGGCGCAGUUAUUAGCCUGUGUUGGGAUGAUAGCGUGGAACUUCAUGGCAGAGCAGGACAACUUCCUGGGUCAGGUGUUGACCUUUACUCUACUGUACGGCUCUCUCUACAGCACCUAUAUUUGGCCUGGUCUGAUCGCUCUGUCUCUGCUCCUCAUGAGGAGACGUGAGGAGGUGAACUUCAGGCCAGGGCUCACUGUGAUCACUGGCUGGGGUGUCCCGGUUCUGGCUGUCAGUGUCCUCCUCCUUACAGGGGAAAGAUUGCCAAACACUAUCGACUCUGCAUUCUUUUAUGGAAAGACGCAGGUGACGUGCACGUCUGUGGUGUUAUUCGUGAGCAUUGUGCUGUGUGGCGUCUCGCUCACACUACUCAGCAGACGAACUCAAGACUAUCACAGCCUUGAACGUGGAUCACUGUCUGACAGCGAGGAGGACACACACACAGAGCAGCCCGGUGCUAUAGGCAGCAUCAACACAGACUGUCAGGCGUGCGAGUGUGCGUGUGGCCGUCUGCAGUCCGUGCCUGACAUGACAAGCACCAACGAGGAAGCAUCCAUCCAAACAGGUCAGUGUAGCCAGCAGUGUACAUCCACAAGCUGUCUGCUGGUCGAAGAGGAACAGAAAGUGGCAGACAGACAGAACACAGAUAUACAGUCGACGAGACAUGUGCUUGUGUGUCUGUUACUGACCGUCAGUCUGCUCGCUAAUCUGUCCAGCUGUCUGUGGUGGCUCUUUAAUAAAGAUCCAGGGCGGCUGUAUCUGGAGCUGCAGUUCUUCUGUGUUGUGGCCAACUUUGGGCAGGGUCUCAUUUCAUUUGCCUUUUUUGGCCUCGACAAGCAUUUGAUUAUUUCUCCGUUCAAAAAGAGGUUAGUGAGCCUGUGGCAGGGUUGGGGUCAGGAGGUCACAGGCUCUGCAGCGUCCGAGGAGAUCAGACUGACCUGUACUCAGUUCCUCACAUAUCACAAGGAGCAGUGUGUCAGAGACAUCAUUCACAAGAAAAGGUGUGGACAGAGAAGCACCACAGAGGCAUUUCUGGGCAGUGAUAUGGUGCGCUGGCUGCAGAGCGUGGGAUUGGCCAGUGACUCGGGGGAGGCUCUGGCGUACGGCUGGCGUCUGCUGGAGGGAGGAGUCAUUCAACACAUCACUCUGGAGCACGGCUUCCAGGAUGAAGCUCUGCACUACCGCUUCACGUAGACGAGCGAAUCGCUUCUAUGGCUGGCAGAUGCACAUUUUAGCCGAUGACACAGCGCACAUUUCAGUGAAUUAUUUAUUCUACCGAUACUACUAGCAAUAACCAGAUGUGAAAGUAGUUGGUUAAAAUGAGGUCUUGAACACUUUAGCUACCUCACACAUACCGGAUGGCAAAGGAGUGACUGGAAAUCCUGCUCAUCUCUCUUAGUGUUUUUUAUUAUUAUUUUGACAUCAUUAUUAUUGUUGAACUGCCUGACAUAAUCAUUUCACAAUUUUAUUUAUCCAUAACAGAUAGAAUUGAGUUGAAAUAUUCAUUAGCUUCACAUAAUUGAUUGGAAGGAAGUGGUUGCGUUUCCUCUCACAUUCACAUUAUAUUUUGGGGGUUAUUCAUCAGCUGUUUAACACUGGUGUUGUUUAUCAGCUGUAACAACAAUAUUGAGUUGGUCACUGAAACCAGAAUUCCAUGAAACAAUAAUAAAGCUCAUUGUGGUGUGGGAUUUACUGAGUGUUGAUCCUUUUUUAAAUAGAUCUACUUUAACAGAGCGGUGAGUUAGUAGGUCCUGGAAACCUAAUGUUCACACAAUCAAACAUUUCUCAAAGUGAAUCCAUGUGGGAUUAAUGAGUUAGCUUUAAGUGUUUGUUGAGUGCAUAGGAUAUCUGUGCAUCAUAAAGACAUUCUCUAAUUAAAACUGACAUGGAAAUGGAUUUCUUGACACAUGGACAUAAGGCAUGAUGGACACAAUUUAAACUUCCCAUUUAAGAUCUUUGACAUAAACUCUAAAACGGUAAAAACAUACCAUUAGUUAACUUAAGUAACAUUUAGAACAAUGAGACUAAACCAUUAACAAGUUCAAAUAUAUUCUGUACAAUCAUUUCAAAAGAUAUCCAAACAUACAGGAAGUGCCUAAAUGAUUGUGCAAAUGAUUCUCCAACUAGCUCUUGGCAACAGUAUAAGGGUGUUUAUUCAACUUUGGGAACUUUUAUGUCCGAGGGGUUGAGUGGUUUUGAAAUAUGAAGCUGUAUGAAGGUCAUUAAAACUGUCUGGGAUUUUAAGUUAACCAUGCCUUUAUUUAUAUUUGUUAAUUUUAAGAUGUUUAUAUAUAGAUUUUAGUUUUACACUUGUCU